AUGUCUUCUAGUUCUUCCAUCAAUUCUUCUUCUAACCAAAUUCUGCCAGAAGAUUGCCGCGAAUCUUCGGAACCGAGCUCCUCUUCCUCGAAUCCUCAUUCAUCGAGUUCUUCCCAAAAAGAGAGUAAUCUUCCACAGUUGGUUCGCAAAAACUCUAGAUCGGCUGGUGCGAGUAGUAGCCGAUCUCGACCGCGAGUUGAAGCGCCUGAACAAUUGGCAACAGAGACUCGUGAAACUGGAGCUCGAGCUGGGCCGAACGCUGAUGGCGUUAAUCACGAGAUCGAGGAGGUUGCGGAAUCUGAAGGAGCAAACUCCGAGGGGAACGCUACUGAAGUAGAAGCCGCCGAGGACAACCUUGAAGCGGUGAAUCACGCAUCACCACCAAUUCCAAAGCGAAGAGUCGUUCGUCCUCAUGACGUGCCAUCUUCUUCACUUUCUCCGGGUGCAGUUCGGGCCGUACUCGAAGAAAACGGGCUCUCGGACAAGGUCAUCUUCAUAAUACCUGAAGCUGGAGAUCGGCCAUGGGACGUUCCUGAAGGCUUGCUCUGCAUUUACUUAACGUACUUCACGCAAUGCGGGCUCUCUCUCCCAAUCCCUUCCCGUCUGCUCGGAUAUUGCAAUCGGCGUGGCGUAGCUCUUACUCAGAUGAUGCCGGCAUCGAUAACGAACUACGUUGGCUUCGUUACGCUGUGUACUGAGCUCGAUGAGAUUCCGACUAGUCGGCUCUUCGAAGAUCUCUUCUCGGUCAACAUCCAUAAGUCCAAGGAGUGGUUUUUCGAGGCGAACGCCAAUCCGAGAAAGAACAUCGUCACUGGGGUUAAACCCAGUAAAUAUAACGACUCGGAAUCCCAGUACUUCUUCCUCGAGAUGAACGAUCUCACAGUCGUCAUCUCCCAUGCAUUCUUCUCAAUUCCGGACUCACUUCCGAAUUUGAAGCAGCUUUUAGUGAAGCCGGAAAACGUCGUUGGCCCGGAGUUUGGGAAGAAAUUCUUCAGCGCCGAGCUAAGAAAGCAGGAACCGAAGCCCCCGAAGCCCCCGAAGCCAAAGAGUCGAGCAAACAAGCCUCGAGCUGCUCCUAGACGCAAAGCACCGAAACCGCAAGCUAAACAAACUCGAACUGUCAGGAUGCUUUCACUGGACGAGAUCCCCACUCUGUUCGAUGAGGAGGAACCGAACGUUGCAGAUCCGGCUUCUAUCCCUGCCACUGAAGGGACGAACGAGCAGCCCGAAGAACUGCCACAUGCUGCGAACUCACCUGACCGGCUGGAUACCGCCGCCGAGCUCGAUCCUCCGACGGCUGCAAUGUCGGACCUCGCGAUUCCUCAGGAUCAGCCUGAAGCCUCCAACUCCCGGAAGAGGCAAGAUAGGGAGCAUGCCGAAGAUUCUCCGGAACCAGAGCCAGCCAAAAGGACUAAGGUGUGUUUCGAUUACGAUGAGGAGGGUCCUUUUGAGGAGUACGUCGACGCUUGUGCCGACCUUUACCACAAGAUCUCCACCGAGGUCCCGAGUCUCCCGGCGGUCCCCGAGCUCCGGUUUCCAAACCUGUACAAGGGGAUUGCUCGUACAACUGCCGUGCUCGCCAGUCAGACCAACAACUUGGUCGCAGCGUAUGAAGUUGCGUUGUACGACGAGCAAGUUAGAGUCGCCGAGCUAGAAGAGAGGAUCUGUAAGGCGGAAGAAUGUCUCGCCACCGAGCUCCAGAUCAACGACUCUCUCCACACUGUUGUUGACUUGCUGAAGCAGGAGAGCUCGGAGCUGAAAGCGGUAAGAGCCGAGCUGACCGAGGCGCAAGGCUUGCUUUCUCGGGAGUUCGAGAAAGAUAAGGAGCGGCUACAAGGUUUGGUGGCCCAUUGGAAAGGUAGAGCUAGGAGCGUUCACGCGAAGGCUUGCGAACGCUUGGAAAAAGUUAUCCGCAGUCUGGAUGGCGCAGAUCGGGCUCGUAAGCCUUACUUGGUGGUCAACCAGCUCACUGGAGUUCUCGGCUUCAUCAAACAGCUGAAGAAGAAGGGUUUGUACGAAGUCCCACCCGAGAUGGUAGCUGAUAUCAAGGCAAAGCACGCUAAGGCUUUGGAAGACUUCCGCUCGAUCGACGCUUGCGUCCUCACAGAAGAAGAUAAGCGGAUGUCCCCAUUCCCGGAAGAGGACGAUGUGCCGGUCGUGAACGUGACUCAGAGUGCUCAGCAUCCAGCGAUAUGCGAGCAGUUCGGUUCAAACGAAGAUAUACUUAAUGCCUAUCAAGCUGCGACUUCGAAGACCGCUUAG